CCAUUGAAAACGUGGCAGUCCAGCCCAUUACUUUACCAUCAACACCAACAAAGCGGGAAAAUUGUGGUACCCUAUACACACACCAGUACCACCAUCAGCAAAGGAAAGGAGAGAGUGUGAUUGUGAAAGAGAAGAAUCAAGACAAAGAUGGCGCCAAUCAUCCAGAGUACUCAACCAUGGGUCGAGAAAUAUCGUCCAAAGCAAGUGAAAGACGUUGCUCACCAAGAAGAAGUAGUUCGAGUUCUCACCAACACUCUCGAAACCGGAAGCUGCCCUCACAUGCUCUUCUAUGGUCCUCCCGGCACUGGAAAAACCACUACUGCCCUCGCUAUCGCUCAUCAGCUUUUCGGGCCUGAGCUAUAUAAGUCUAGGGUUUUGGAACUAAAUGCUAGUGAUGAUCGUGGUAUUAAUGUUGUUCGGACUAAGAUCAAAGAUUUUGCAGCUGUGGCCGUCGGCACCAAUCGGCCCAAGAAUGGUUAUCCUUGUCCGCCGUAUAAGAUAAUUGUUCUGGACGAGGCAGAUUCAAUGACAGAAGAUGCUCAGAAUGCACUGAGGCGUACAAUGGAAACUUACUCUAAAGUUACUAGGUUCUUUUUUAUAUGCAACUACAUUAGCAGGAUUAUAGAACCACUUGCUUCAAGGUGUGCAAAAUUCAGGUUUAAGCCGCUGACAGAAGAAAUCAUGAGCAACCGAAUAUUAUACAUCUGCAAAGAAGAAGGAAUCCACCUUGAUGCUGAGGGUCUUUCAACCCUAAGUACUAUUUCUCAAGGAGAUCUUCGUCGGGCUAUAACAUACUUGCAGUCUGCUGCUCGCUUAUUUGGAUCUUCCAUUUCUUCGAAGGACCUGAUUUCUGUGUCUGGGAUUGUUCCAGCAGAAGUUGUUGAGGCACUUCUUAAUGCUUGCAAAAGUGGUAAUUUUGAUUUAGCCAACAACGAAGUCAACAAUUUCAUUGCAGAGGGGUAUCCAGUCUCUCAGAUGCUAACUCAGUUGUUUGAGGCUAUUGUUGAAGAAAAGGACAUAUCAGAUGAACAGAAGGCAAGAAUAUCCAAGAAGCUGGGUGAAGCAGAUAAGUGUCUAGUUGAUGGUGCUGAUGAAUAUUUGCAGCUUCUUGCUGUUGUCAGCAAUACAAUACAAGCUUUAUGUAACAUGCCAGAAGGAUUUGCUUACGAGAGUUAAUCAUUAGUUAGUCUGCAUGUUGGAUUAUGUAGAAUUCAGUUUCGAAGGAUUUAUCCAUGGUAGUUAAACUUUGUAACUGUAACUGCUGAACAAGUAUUCUACUACUAGCAUUGAUCCCAUAGUUCAGAGGACUUGGAUUCUGCUCCUGUAUGAAUCGAACAAGAUUUUAAGUAGCAAUUUCAUAGUUUUAUUCUCCGUAAGUGGUCACAUACUUUAUCCAUGGUGGCAUUGAUUCCAUUCACGAGAA